UAGUUCAAGCAAACUUUGGCUCAAAUAAAAGCGAUACACUGCUGUAAGCAGUAGUAGCUGACAAUUAUUUUUUUGCUUAGUCAAAAAUCUGUUCUUAUUUUUUUUAUGUCUUGAACAAAGUUUUUAUUGAAUACGUUAUUUCGUAGAUAAUAAAAGUUCAAAUUAAUAAAUAAAUUUUAUACCAAAAAACAAUGGAAGAAGAAGACCCAUGGGCUUUAGAUGAUACUCCUGCUGAAGAAGAAACACCGGCUGAGGGAACAACUCCGGGAACCGCUGCUCCUGCUAAGAAAGAAGAAGAGAAAAUUAAAAUAGAUUACUCAAAACUCGACAAAGCACCGAAGCCCAAGUACACACUUCAUUGGGUUCGGCCAUUAUUUUUAAACUACCGUUAUCUGUAUGAAUAUAGACAGAUUUACUACAAUGACGUCAUUGAUUGGAUGAAUAAACGAAAUCGAGGCAUAUGGCGAGAAGAACCUAAUGCUGAAGAAUGGGCUGAAAGAAUGUUCAGAAACUACGAUAUGAAAAACAUAAAUAGGAGUUAUAAACGGUCAGCAGAUAUGCGAUGGAUAACAGGAUACAGAUGUGAACCCAGACAUUAUAGUUACCACACUCGAGCCUACUACAGUCUAAAAUAUCAACCGAUUCUUUGAGAUUUAUGCUGAAUUACAUAAAAUUAUGGCACUUAUAUUGAAAUGUUCGUUUAUUAUCGUAAGCUUUUUUCAUUUUUAUUCAAUAAAUAUGGAUUUUAAUGGAGACCAACUUGUUAUAGAUAUUUAAAUAAAAUGUAUUGUUUGACUGCAACUUUUAAACAAUUUUAAAUUUGUGCUGAUGAAGAUAUUUGAGUGAAGAUUAAACAUUAAUAAGCCUAUUUUUUUAGCUAUAUUAAAAUUUUUCAGUAUUUUAUCCGUCUAAGAUAAAAGAAAAAUUAGAUUAUAUGCUAGAAAUUGAUUCAUUUG